CCACCAACCCAACCGGCGAGUUGCUCACCGGCCGGCCAAAAUCGUCUGAGCCGCUUCCUGGAUCUGCGGCCGCGUUUGCCUCGCCGCCGGCAAGCAUGGCGCGGGCGCGGCUGGCGAAGGAGCGCCCCGCGAGCACGCCGGGGAAGCCAGCAGACCGGAGGCGGCCGCUCCGCUUCGCCGCCUUCCUGCUGCUCGCCGACGCCGCGCUCGUCGCCCUCAUCGUCGCCUUCGUCCCCUAUACCAAGAUCGACUGGGACGCCUACAUGUCUCAGGUGGAUGCUUUUCGGGAUGGGGAGACGGACUACACCAAGAUCGAGGGCGACACCGGGCCGCUGGUCUACCCUGCCGGCUUCCUCUACGUCUACUCCGCCAUCAAGUUCCUCACCGCCGGCCAAGUGUUCGCUGCUCAGAUUCUGUUCGGCGUUUUGUACCUUGUCAACCUGAGCCUUGUUCUGCUGCUCUACGUCAAGACUGAAGUGCUUCCUUGGUGGGCUUUAGGUUUGCUUUGCUUAUCAAAGCGAGUUCACUCCAUCUUUGUGCUCCGUCUUUUCAACGAUUGCGUUGCUAUGACAUUGCUCCAUGCUGCCAUGGUCUUGAUUGUCUAUCACAAGUGGUACCUCGGCCUAAUUAUUUUCAGUGGAGCUGUUUCAGUUAAGAUGAACGUGCUCCUUUUUGCUCCAUCUUUGUUUCUACUAAUGUUGAAGGUAUAGUAUUAUAUGACCAUGCUCUGUUCCUUACAUCUUAUGGUACAAACUUAUCUUACCAACUUCUCACUAAAGGCCAUGAGUAUCAAAGGAGUUUUUCUUGCUUUGUUGGGAGCUGCAGGAGUACAGAUUUUGUUGGGUAUCCCAUUCUUGUUGUCACAUCCUGUUGAGUACAUCUCAAGAGCUUUCAAUCUUGGGCGUGUGUUCAUCCAUUUCUGGUCUGUCAACUUUAAGUUUGUUCCUGAGAAGUAUUUUGUAUCGAAAGAGCUUGCUAUUGGGCUAUUGAUUUUUCACCUCACUACUCUUAUGGUAUUUGCACACUACAAGUGGUUUAAGCAUGAAGGUGGUUUGUUCCAUUUUAUGCAUUCCAGAUUUAGAGAUGCCGCAUCAAUUCAGCAGCUUAUUUCGUGCAAGCCCAGACAGUCCAUUCUCAGUAAAGAACAUAUUGUGACUGUGAUGUUUGUUGGAAACUUCAUUGGCAUUGUGUGUGCCCGAUCAUUACAUUAUCAGUUUUAUUCUUGGUACUUCUAUUCAUUGCCUUUUCUAUUGUGGAGAACACAGUUUCCAACAGUAGUAAGGAUCAUUUUGUUUGUUGCCGUGGAGCUCUGCUGGAACGUUUAUCCUUCUACCGCCUAUUCGUCACUACUUCUGUUCUUCGUCCACCUCGUCAUCUUGUUCGGCCUAUGGAGUUCGCCUGCCGAGUACCCCUAUGUCGAUAAAAAGGACAAGGCGGACAGUAAAGAAUCGGGCAAGGCAAUAUUUGAAAUGUAUCUGGAGUCCCCUUUCGGCCCCUUGAUCUGCUGUCGUUCAUCGGCCAAAUCAGUUUCAAGAAGGAAGAUAUAUCUUUUUGAGGCAUGUUUCAAGAAGGAAGAUUUUUUAUUUUUAUUUUUGAGGGGUGUUUCAAGAAGGAAGAUGCUUGCUGUUCUAUGGCAGAUACACAGGCCUUUGAUAAAUCUAGCGGCCCACAAGCCCACAACUGAGCCCACAGCCCACAGGCACACUCGUUUCGUUCCGUUCCCUUCCCCCGGAACCAAACCUCGCUCGCUUCGUCCCCCAAUCCCCUCCUAUCUAGCGCGGCGAGCCGGCGGCGACGAACGGAGCCGGCGGCAGGCAGGCAGGCAAGCAGCGGAGCCGGCCACCAGGCUCAGGAUCCAGGUGUUCCGUGCGAUGGGUGGCGGCGGAGGCACAGAGGAGGAGUUGACAGCACAGGAGACAGCUCUCUAUGACCGCCAGAUCCGUGUCUGGGGCGUUGAUGCUCAGAAGAGGCUAAGUAAAGCGCACGUGCUUGUGUGUGGCGUGAAUGGUACUACAAUUGAGUUCUGCAAGAAUAUUGUUCUAGCAGGAGUUGGCAGUUUAUCCUUGAUGGAUGAUCACAUAGUCACUGAGGAUGAUCUCAGUGCAAACUUCCUAAUUCCUCAUGAUGAGAGUAUGCAUGGUGGUUGCUCACGAGCUGAGGCUUGCUGUGAGUCCUUGAAAGAUUUUAAUCCAAUGGUCCGAGUUGCUGUUGCAAAAGGUGAUCCAUCAGUAAUUGAUGAAGGAUUCAUUGACAGCUUUGACAUUAUUGUAGUUAGCUGCACAUCUCUUAAAACAAAGUUGUUUAUUAAUGACAACUGCCGGAAGAGAAGCAAGCGUAUUGCCUUUUACUCUGUAGAGUGCAAGGAUUCUUGUGGUGAAAUAUUUGUUGAUUUGCAGAACCAUAGUUAUCUUCAGAAGAAGCCUGGAGGAGAACCUGAACAGCAGGAGUUGACAUAUGCUAGCCUGCAGGAAGCUAUUUCUGUGCCCUGGAAGAAUCUGCCCAAAAAAACAACUAAACUGUACUACGCCAUGAGAGUCUUGGAAAGUUAUGAAUUAUCUGAAGGGCGCAAUCCUGGUGAGACAGCACUUUCUGAUCUACCUGCAAUUUUGGCUUGGAGGAAAGAUAUGUGUGAUAGAAUGUCUUUAAGCGAGUCUCAAAUUCCUACGGCUCUACUGGAACGGCUUUUAGCAGCUGGAAAGAAGGAACAUCCUCCUGUAUGUGCAAUCCUUGGUGGCAUUCUUGGUCAGGAGGUGAUCAAGUCUAUAUCUUGUAAGGGCGACACGAUCAAGAGUUUCUUUUAUUUCGACACAGCUGAUGGUAAAGGUGUCAUGGAGGACAUCCCCCCAACUCCGGUAGAGCAAUUUGCGUGAUGCCUAACUCAAAUUGGUCAUUAAUCGCUGGUUAUUGUACCCAAUCAUUAGAGACGAACAGGCGAACAUGUGACAACUCCAUUGUAGCGUUGGCACCCGAGUACUGUAUUGACACUCUUGAUCUCCUCCAAACAGUCUCAAAGCUGAAGUCAGCCAGAUUUUCAUUCUUGUUGCUUUA